AUGGAAUGGCUUAAGAAUGCUGCCGCAAAAGCACAGGCUUCGCUACAGGAGGCUGGAGUGGUGGAGAAACUAGCACCUGUUGCAUCGGUUGCGAAUGAGACGAAGACCUUGUUUUCUCAGUUUGGCAGCUCCUUGGAAGAAUCAUUCAACAAGAAGACAGCAGAAGCCAAGAGUGGAAGUGAAGGGGACGUCUCGUUCGACAAGAUCGGAGCUCCGUGGGUCACAUCUCACUUGGGGUUAAAGCCAUUCGAAGCCGACAUGAAAGCAAGCAUGCUGAAGAUCACAGAGGGAAGCGACGAGGAAGUGAAGGCGAGGUUGAAGGAGCGAGUUCCUGAUGACGACUUUACCUUCGACUUCUUGGAACCCUCAUGCACUAAACGGGCGAUGGCUGCGUUGGAGGCUGAUGCAAACCUCAAGAAAGCCCGACACAAGCUUGUGCCUAGCAAGAUCAAGGAAGAAGACUUCUGGAGGAGCUACUUUUACAAGUGUGAGAUGAUCGUGCAAUCAUACUUGAAGAUGUGCGUCGAGAGCAAGAGGACCCGCGAGAACACGUCGAGCACCACCAGGUACCCUGAUCCCACAGAUAAUCUCGACUUCGAAGGAGCAGAAUUCGUCAGUGACGAGCCGGUCAACAAGCCGGCCACAAGCGCGGGGACCUCGGCUACCAAGACUGACUCUGGUCUCUCAUGGGAAGAGGAGAUGGCGAAAGAGCUUGAGGGAAUCGACGUCGGACCUUCAGACAAGUCGAAGGCAAGCGAUGCGAAGCCGAUAGAUGACCUUGACGACGAAGACUUUGAGAAAGAGCUGGGAAUCUAGAGGAGAAAGCAGAAGGUGGAUUUUCGACGGCUCAAAACGCUUCGGAGAGCUUUGAUUUCAUUAUUUUGAGUCACUUUGAUGCAACAAGUUUGCGAUGAAUAGAAAUUGAUCCU